AUGGCUGCCUCCCCUCUUCACCUUCCUGUCGGCUGUGGGCAACGCCGUUACCUGCAAAAACACCCAAAAACGCAACAAACAAGUGGCCGGUGGCACGACCAAAGGGCUGCCGGUCUGUGGGCGCUGCUGGGUUGCUGUGGAGCUGUUGUCGCCGUGGGACUGAGAGAAGGCUGGGAAGAAGACAGCGGGGCUGCCGCUGUGUUCGGCUUGAGGAAGCAAGGAGCUGCUGCGGGGCUGGAAACCAAAGGGGAAGCAGACGUUGCUGAUGGGGAAGGAGACGCUGCUGCUGGAGGUUUGGGUUUCGGUGGAAGCCGGUUUGGGGAAGGUGGGGGCAGGGCUCUCAGUUCAGUAGAGAGGAAGAUGGGGUUGAGAGGGACCCUGGUCUGGUCGGGUGAGGAUGAAAGGAGUUUCACUGGUUUGUCUCUGGCCAGGCAAAGGGGGAAGAAUGGCGCUGGUUUAGGUGGGAGCUGCCGAAAUGGGGGAAGGUCCCCGUGCAAGCAGAGGGUGGCGGCUUUUUGUAUCUGCAGGCUGAGGAAGGAGUGGUGGAGGCUGGAGGCCGGAGCUGCGGGUGCAGCGGCGCUUGAGGGAGGAGCUGCUGCUGUUGGAGGACGGCGCUGCUGCACAGGCUGGUGGAGCAACCGGCGGUGGUUGGCCUUGUUGCUGAGUUCUGCUGCCGCUGCUCUUGGUGGAGGAGAUGGGUACGGCGCUGCUGGAAUAGGAAGAGCAGGAGAAGAAGGAAACGGUGGCCGAGAGAGAGAGGAGGGAGCGUGUGUGGGUCUCCUGAUCUGCAGGCUGAGGAAGGAGUGGUGGAGGCUGGAGGCCGGAGCUGCGGGUGCAGCGGCGCUUGAGGGAGGAGCUGCUGCUGUUGGAGGACGGCGCUGCUGCACAGGCUGGUGGAGCAACCGGCGGUGGUUUGCCUUGUUGCUGAGUUCUGCUGCCGCUGCUCUUGGUGGAGGAGAUGGGUACGACGCUGCUGGAAUAGGAAGAGCAGGAGAAGAAGGAAACGGUGGCCGAGAGAGAGAGGAGGGAGCGUGUGUGGGUCUCCUGGUGUGCGGCUGA